AUGGGUGAUGUUCAUGACGUGAAGGACGACACUGUCGUUGUCCAAAAAUUCGAGGACAUUUCUUCUUCAACCAUUCGGCCAGAGAUAUCAGAGCGGGACAAAAACCUCGCACGUCGCCUGCUAUGGAAGGUGGAUCUCUGGGUUUUACCAAUACUCACAGUAUUAUAUUUGAUCACAGCGAUGGAUCGAUCCGACAUCGGCAAUGCACAGGUCGCAGGUAUGCAGAAGGCGAUCGGUGCAAGUGCUUCAGAGUGGGCAAAGGUGGUUUCGUUGUUCUAUAUUGGAUUCAUCGUUUCUCAACCUUUCGGUUCGUUAUUUCUGCGAAAGCUAACUCCGCCGGUCUUAUUUGGACUUGGUGUGACGUUGUGGGGUGCCGUGAUGAUCUGUUUCAUCGAGGUGAAAACGUGGCCGCAGGCGGCAGCUAUUCGGAUUCUUAUUGGCGUAGGAGAAGGCAUCACACACUCCACCGGCCUUUAUCUGUCUCUCUGGUAUAUGCCAAAGGAGCUUGCGUUCCGAGGUAGUAUCAUAUAUUCCACAGCCAGUCUUGCAGGCGCUUUCAAUGGUUUGAUCGCCUACGCUAUCACCAAAGAUUAUUCGAACAAACCACCCUGGUCGCCUUGGCAAUGGCUCUUCUUCGUGGAAGGCUUGCUCUCCACCUGCUUCGGUCUAGUCAUUCUCGUGUUCCUUCCACCAGUCCCUGAAAAGCUGAAAUGGGGCUGGACUCCAGAGGAGAAACGCAUGGCAGUCAUCCGGACUCAGUGGGCAAAUAACACGCCCGGAUCAAAGAUUCGGUGGAAAGAGGUCAUACCAGCUUUCAAAUCACCCAUGUUCAUCUCAUGGACCUACAUUCUUGCUGCUAAUCAGAUAGCAUUGGCCGGGUUGUCCAACUUCAUGCCUUCGAUCAUUAAGGGCAUGGGUUACUCCUCUGUCCGCGCCCAGUUGAUGUCGGUACCAAUUUAUGCUGCGGCAUUUGUGAGCACACUGAGCGUGCCUUACGUUUCCGAUCGACUCUCCCUCCGAGGACCAUUUGUGGCUGGCUUAUCCUGUUUUUCAAUUGUGGGACUCAUCAUGUUGAUAGUUUCUCACCACAACCCAACACGUUACGCAGGAGCCAUACUCUCAGCAACAGGACUCUACCCAAUUGUCACCAUUAAUCUGACCUGGAUUGCGACAAACACGCCGAACUUUACACACCGGGCCACCAUCUCAGCAUUUGUCAAUGUCUUUGCUCAGGCCAUUUCGGUGGGUGUACUGCAAGCAUUCACUGAUCCUCCAUUUUACAAAAAGGGUCUGACAAUUGUGCUCUGCUUUGUCGCCUUAAUUCCAAUUGCAGCACUGAGCGCCUCGUGGUAUGCCAGACGUUUCAAUGCGCAAAAGCCAGCUUUGGACACGGUUCCAGUCGAGGAACGUCGCAAAACAUUGGAGGAAUUAGGGGUCAAUCACCCAGAAUUUUUCCUCGAGCUCUAG